AGACAUCUCAUAACUAUGGAUCGAAUUCAUCAUUACCUAUCAGCAUUGUAGAUGGAAUGUCAAACAAUACAAUCAAUGGAAGCUGUGUGGACCAGAAUAACAGUACAAUGAAUGGAACGACACAUCAAAAUGGGACAAACAAUGUCGAUCUGUGGCCAAAGGGACCGUUCACAUUGCUGCAACCUUCCAGCGGCUGUCCAGAUGGGUGGUCUACAGGAUAUAUACAGUUCGAAAUGCAGAACCCAGGAUCUAGUUAUUACUCUGGCACUUAUCUCGAAGGUGAUUCAGUCAACAAUCUGGUGCAAUGGCACUUCUGUACGAAGACAUCUACAGACGGAUCGCCGAAUUGGCCAACGGGGUCUUACUGCAUACUACGACAUGGUGGUGCAUGUCCCAACGCAUUUAUGCCUGGAUUAGUUGCUUUUGACGAGGAGGACAACGGAAACCAAACAAAUAGAGUCCAUCAUGGUACACUACCGGACUUAUCCAGCUGGUUUAUCGAUGUCGCUCUGUAUUUUUGUUGCAAGAACGACGGGUAUAAUGGUUCGACGGAGGUGACUCUCCCGGUUACAGAUCCUUUUUAUUUGUUCCCGUACUAUAAUAGAGAUUGUCAAGAUGUUGCUGAUAUGAACAAAGUCAGAGAAUUCACCUAUUUUGAUUGUGAAGACUUCUCUAACCAAAACAAUGCGGCAGGAGCGACACCUCUCAAUGUUUUAAACAGUAAUCAUAACAUCAGUUUUUGUUAUCACUAUCAAUGAACAUUU